CGCAGGAUUUUCUUGGCUUUUUGGUGAAAAUUUUUGUUUUGCGAAGUCGAAGUCCCACAAGGUUGUCUUUUUCUAAAUACUAAUCGAGAAUUUAAGUAGAAAAAUCAAAAAUGGGAAGACGAUCUAUAAAUACCACCAAAAGUGGGAAAUACAUGAAUCCCACUGAUCAAGCUAGAAAAGAAGCAAGAAAAAGAGAAUUGAAAAAGAAUAAAAAACAGAGACAGAUGGUGCGUGCUGCUGUUUUGAAGGGAAAAGAUCCUCUACAACUUAUUAAUGAUAUGGAAAAAAUUGAUGAGAUGGAGUAUAAUGUUAAUGCACCUCCUUUGCUGAAUGAAAAAGUACUGAAAGAUAAACGAAAAAAGUUGAAAGAAACCUGGGAUAGAGUGAUGAGACUCUAUUUCAAAGAAGAUAGAGAACGAUUCAAUGAAUUGAAAAAACUUGAAUUAGAAUAUGAAGCCAAACGAUCGAUUCUUGUGAAGUAUUUUGAAUCUGUUCGCAUUGCACAGCAAGUGCAAGUCGAUGAAAUCCCUUUACCUGACACCCCAGAAAUACCAUUGUUUUUGACUUCACAAAUUCCUCUUCCAAGUGAAAUGGAAAUCAUGCCUGAAAUUGAUACAACUAUAAUACCACAUUCAAUAUUGAAGAAAACUCCGGUGUUCAGUCAGCAACCAGAAUCAUAUACCAGUAGUUUAAGAGCUCCUGGGAUACCUCCUGGUCCUGUGCCUGACCUUUCAAGUGAUGAAGAGGAGAAUGAUGAUGAUGCUUUAAAUGAAGAGGAUAACGAAUCUACUAUUCAAGACAAAUUUGGAAAAUCAAGAAAAAUAAGGUUUGCUGAUGAAAAAGAAGCUCAGCAUUUAAAAACUACAGAUUUUGAAGAUGAAAGAGAUAAGGAAAAGGAUAAACAUGUAGAAUAUAUGGAUACACCUGAAGAAAUUUCUGAUGAUACUGAACGACCAAAACUUGAAGACAUUCCUAUUCCACCAGUGCCACACUCCACACCAUUACCACCAGGUCCUCCUCCAAGACCACAAGGAUUACCUCAAGGACCACCACCUAAUGUGUCAGUAAUGUUUAGGCCACCUCCUUUGAGAGCAGGUAUACCUCCACCUCCUCGUAUGUUACCGCCUGGAGUACCUCCUCCUCCUCCGGGAAGACCGACACUACCUCCACCUGGUCUACCCAUACGACUUGGAGCACCUCCGAUUCGCUUGCCACCAGGACCUCCGCCAGGUUUACCACCACCUAGACUACUACGACCCCCUACAGCUCCUCCACCUCGUUUACCUAGUACCACAACAACUUCAUCAGUGUUGCCUCCGGGAACAAAUGCAACUACAACUGCCGCACCAGCGUCAAAUAUUACAGUGCUAAGUGCACCACCCAGUUUGAUGCAACGUCCCAAGGUUCUUGCAUCUGAAGAGGAAGCUCAAAGAUCAGCAACCAUAGAAGCUAAGCCUCAAAUUAGAAACUUAAGUGCAGAUGUUAUGAGGUUUAUGCCUACAACUUUGCGUGUGAAGAGAGAAGAUCGACAGAAGAAAGGCUUAUCCAAAAAUGGACCUACAUUUGAACCAAAAGACAAUUAUCCAUCAACUACACCUGUUGCAAAUCCAUCUAUAUCAGCACCUACUAAAGAUGAUGCAUACCAACAGUUUCUUAGAGAAAUGGAGGAAUUAUUAUAACUAUAUCUUCAUUUUUCAUUUAUGUACAUAACAUUGUAAUUUAGUUCAUAUUAAAGUAAAUUGUAUUACAAUUGUUGAAAAGCUGUGUAAAUUGCUUGGUAGCCAUUGAUAAAAACACAGUAAAGAUAUUUGAAGCUGUAAACCAAAUUCAUUAUAUUUUCAUGAAAUUAGUUUUGUAUAAUGUAUCUUCCAUGUUAUGG